AAUGUCACGAAUAAGGAGUCUUGUCGACCGUUACUUUGGACAGGAUGCGCUUGACUGGUUUGAUAGGUCUUAUCUAACGGACUGGGUGGUUGUGCUAUUUAUCUGGUUUUUAUCUGCGGUUGUGUCUGCUUCCCCUGUUUACGUUCGUGAGUUCUCGCCGUCCGAUACCGACAUACAAUAUUCGCACAAGAAAAACCGAGUCUCUUCCUUUCUUAAUCACUCGCUGGCUCUCUUUGGACCAUUGGCUAUCAUAACUGUGUUUGGGUCUAUCCAACGUUCCCUUCUGGUAAUCCACCAUGGAGCCAUCGGGGUUUGCGCUGCGCGAGGACUUGCUCGCCUCAUAACACAGAUCCUCAAGCACAGCGUCGGUCGGUUGAGGCCCGACUUCCUCGACAGAUGCAGAUGGGACGAGCUUAUCCAGCAAUGCGCAGGAAAGGAACAAAACAUCGUCGAUGGACGCAAAUCUUUUCCCUCUGGCCACUCUUCGACGGCGUUCUCAGGGAUGGUUUUCCUCUCGCUUUGGAUCGCUGGUCAAACAGCAGCAUGGUGUUUCAACGUCCCCAAGACCCCGCGAAGCCUACGGUCCGGCCGCAUGCUUAUGUUCUUCACCACACUCCUACCGAUUUUCUGGGCCAUGCACGUCGCGGUUACACGCAUCCAGGACCAGCGACAUCACAAGGAAGAUGUUGUUGUUGGUAGCCUAAUCGGCAUCCUAUCAGCAUUGGUUUGCUACCUCAUCUUUUGGCCAAAUCCUUUCACACCAACGACAUUCAAAUACCAAGCGUACGGCCAACCACGUUUGCUCUACACAGACGGAGAACACAGUCGGGUGGAUUCCGAAUUCGAAUUGCAUCAGAGAUUGGACGACAGCGAACUAAAUAAUGUGUA